AUGCCACCAGGCAGCGGGGAGCUGUCCCGCAGCUGCCGCAUCUGCCUCAUGGGCGACAACGGGGAGCCUCUGGUGUCGCCCUGCAAGUGCCGCGGCUCCAUGGGCAUGGUGCACCUCUCCUGUCUCGAGCGCUGGCUGAGCCAGCACUCCAGGAACUACUGCGAGCUGUGCCUGUUCGAGUUCCCGGUGACGCGGAUCCCGCGCUACAGCGUGGCGCGCUCGCUGCGCCUGUGGUUCUGCCACCCGCGCGUGCGCCAGAGCCUCAUGGAGGACCUGCUGGUGCUGGCGGCGCUCACCUUCGUCGUGGCGGGCAUCGUGGCCGUCUGCCUGCUGGGCCUGCAGUACUUCGCCGCCGAGGGCCUCAAGCUGGGCAUCUCGCGCGCCUACACCGUCGCCGUCAUCUCCUCCUUCAUGGCGCUCGUGCUGCUCGGCUACUUCGUCAUCGUCUGCCUGCUGGUCCGCGACCUCAUCGUGCCGUGGCACGUGUGGUGGCGCCGCUGCGCCGUCGUCCGCAUCAUCCUCGACUAGCGCCCUCUCCAGGCGCCUUC